CCAGUUCUUCAUUCUGACCUGCUGCUUGGAAAGAGUGCUAAUAUUACAAACCAGGAAGCAACAAAUACUGUACUUCAAACUACACUAGGACCUGUCUUUUACAAGGAAAAGCUUCUUAUGAAUAACUAGGAAAUUGAAGCAGUGAUUUUGCAUAGUUGUCAUUAAAUAUUUGAAGCUCUGCUGUGGAUAAAGACUUUGCAGUGUAUUUGGAAUACAAAACUUUCUGGGCCAGAAGUUGAUCUGCUGACUUUUGAGCUUUAUCUGAUUACCACUUGGUUCAUCUUUAUUGUUGUUAAAUGACUCUGUAGGCUGAAGAAGUGAGACUCUACUUAAUUUACAGAGUCUGACCAGACAGGAAUUCUGGCACCUGCUGCAGCAGAAUUAUGGCACAGAGCUAGGUUUAAAUGCUGAAGAGAUGGCUAACUUGUCACCGUCCUUUGAAGAUAAUGUGCAGCCAAGAAGUCCAGCAAGAAGCAGUGUGGACGACUCUGGGGAAGGAGAUGAAAAGGGACUCAAGGUUGUCAGUUCUACUCAUGAAUCAGUCAGUCAAGUUUCAGACGCAGAAUCGUUGGGUGGAAAUUCAUCAAAAGGGGUUAGUAUACACUGCCCUUUAAAAAAUGGACUAGGUAAGGAGGAAUCCCAAAAUGAAAAACAGAUCAAGAGUCCUUUAUUAACUUCAGAAAAGAGGCUGAAUAGAGGGCCAACAAGAUCAUUGGACUUGAAUAAAAAUGAGUAUCUUUCUCUGGACAAAAGCAGCACUUCAGAUUCAGUUGAUGAAGAAAAUAUUCCUGAGAAGGAUCUUCAAGGAAGACUUUAUAUCAACCGUGUUUUUCAUAUCAGUGCUGAGAAAAUGUUUGAAUUGCUCUUUACUAGUUCACGCUUUAUGAAGAGAUUUGCCAAUUCUAGAAAUAUAAUAGAUGUGGUAUCUACUCCUUGGACUAUAGAAUCUGGAGGUGAUCAACUGAGAACCAUGACCUAUACAAUAGUCCUUAAUAAUCCCCUUACUGGAAAAUGUACUGCUGCUACUGAAAAGCAGACACUGUAUAAAGAAAGUCGGGAAGCACAAUUUUAUUUAGUAGAUUCAGAAGUACUGACCCAUGAUGUCCCUUACCAUGAUUACUUCUAUACCCUGAACAGAUACUGUAUCAUUCGGUCUUCAAAACAGAAAUGCAGGCUAAGAGUUUCCACAGAUUUAAAGUACAAAAAACAACCAUGGGGCCUGAUCAAAUCUUUAAUUGAGAAGAAUUCUUGGAGUUCACUGGAGCACUAUUUCAGACAGCUUGAAUCAGAGUUGUUAAUGGAAGAAUCUGUAUUAAAUCAGUCCAUUGAAGAUGCUGGAAAACUUAGUGGCCUGAGAAGGAGAAGGCGAACCAUCAACCGAACAGCAGAAACAGUUCCGAAACUUACUUCCCCUCAUUCUUCUGGAGAUAUGAGCUUAGAGACCAGAGGGGAUAUUCCAGGAAAGAAAAAGGAAAUAGAAAGUGUUAACAUUGCUCUCAUUGUGGUGAUGAGUAUUUUUUUGAUGUUGCUAGUUUUGUUGAAUGUGACACUGUUUCUGAAGCUGUCCAAGAUUGAAUAUGCUGCUCAGUCCUUUUACCGUCUCCACCUUCAAGAAGAGAAAUCUCUGAAAUGUUGCUUUUCUUUCAGUUUAGCCUCUGAUAUGGUCUCAAGAGCAGAAACUAGUCAAAAGGACAAAGAUCAUGCCCACCGUUUAAAAGGAGUACUCCGAGAUUCUAUAGUGAUGCUUGAACAGCUGAAGAGCUCACUUAUUAUGCUUCAGAAAACCUUUGAUCUACUAAAUAAGAACAAGACUGCCAUGGUUGUUGGAAGCUAGUGAUUUUACAGACUAAAAUAACAUCUGGAAGAUAGCCAGAAGAUGAAGGAUUUUAAUUGUCUGAAGAAUAUCUCAUUUUCUUCUUGGAAUUUUUAAUAUGUUACUCUUUUUAAUAACAUUUAUCUGUUAAUUAUUCUCUGAUAGCCUUAAGAAUUCUGUUUUUUCACUUCCUAUAUAUAUUUUUAAAUUUGUCUAGUGAACUGUGAAAUAUAUUCUGGAAUUGAAAUUAUGUUAUAUAAAAAGAAAGCAAGACAUACUGAAUUGUGUGGUAUACAUUCUUUUCUACAGUAGUAGAGUUUGAAGUUUGAGCCUUUGAAUUUGUGUGUUAGUGCAGAAUCUACAUGUCCAAUGGACUGCUUUCACAGUUGUUUAUGAGACUAAAGAAGUCUCAUAAUGUAAAAAGAAAGUGCUAUCAAUAAUUUGAAAGGACAGUUUUUAGACAUAACCAACAUUUCUAGAUUUUAUCCUGUUGUCAUUUCAUAUGCAAAGUCAUUAGUCAUGUUUUGAAUAUUCAUGUUUAUUAUGUGAAAAGCUACUUAUUCAUAUUGUAUCUUGAUAAAAAGUUAAUUUUUUAUUAAAAUAUCAGAGGUGAGAUCAUCUUCCCUGUAUGUACACAUGGAGUCAGUUUAGGAAAAGGAAACAUGUAGGAUACCAAUGCUCUAAAUGAAGAAUCAUCAUCUGAGUUUUAAAAACCAGAAGGCUAUGUUAAAAUAUGGACAUUUUGUUAACAGAUCAAAUACGUGCUUGAACUAAGCUUGAAUUCAGCUUACAGUCUUUCAUGGUGGGAGUGACCCAUCUGGUUGAAAAUAAUUUGCAUGUUAGUUUUUAGUAGCCACGUAUAAUGGCUUCAUUCUUUUAUGUAUGAGUGUGAUUUUUUUUUUUAGUUGGUAAAUUGUAAGUCAGGCACAGUUUAGUUCUCUGAGUGAUGUAUGUCCUCAUUCAAAUGCACUGAGUGACAUGAGAUACAAGUUUGGGCUCUUUCAUAAAAAGUUUUUACGCAUUUGUUUCAGUAACUGUGGUUCAUGAAACCUAGGACUUUAUGAACUGACCUGAAAUCAGAUUUUCUUUUGGGAGUCAGGAAAACUUCAGGAAGUACUUACUAUUUUGACCUUUUGAGGUCUUUCUCUGCAACCUAUAUAUCCAUAUGUGGGGUAUAUAUUGUUACAAUUUGAAUAACUUCCCGUAAUUAUUUUCUUUUAAAAGAAUCACCAAAGCCACAUGGCAUUGCUACAGUCUUUUUUGAGAUACCUGUGGAGAAAGUAUUGAGUUGAUCAGAGGAAAAAUGGGUUUCUCAGGUAGAAUCCGAACUAACCCCGGGUACCAGUCUACCAGUGGUUCUCUGGCUAAGAAUUUUAGUGUCUGACUGUAAGCAAGAGUGACUUAAUUAUAAAUUUGAAACUUUGUUAAAUUUACAAAGAUGAUCACUGACAAGCUGAAUAUUUUUAGGGUUUCUUUAAAACAUGUAUUUUAUAACAUACCUCAAAGAUUAUCAAAGUUCUUAUAAAUUAUGUAUUAAGAUAUUAAUAAAAUUUAAACUUGUGUAAACGAUGCCAAUAAAACAGAAAAUGAGUUGUAAUUUCUUUUUCU